GUCAACUGUCAAAAUAAUCGGUAUCAGGCGGUGCACCACGAUUAUUUCAAUUUCAUCUCUUUGAAUUUCAUUAUUGUCUAAUUGUUAUUCUUACGCAAGUUACGCAGAAUUAAUUUAAUUCGCAUAUAAAAACAGAAUGGCUGAAAAAUCUGUUUUACCGAGUAAGCUCUCGGAAGGGCCCCAUGGCUUAGGUGAUCCUGAAGAUAGAAGCUUGCGCAAAGUCGAGAGAGAUGUAUUGAUUCCGAAACUUAUUAGGGACAAGGCAAAGAAAGAAAAAUGUAUUCAGGAAGUAGCCGACUUUGAAAGUUGUUGCAAGGAUUCGUCCCUUCUGAUGGUCGUGAAGUGUAGGAAUCAAAAUUCUGCGCUAAAAGACUGCUUGAGCGCGUGGUAUCAAAAUGAGGAUUUCAGAAAGCUAUGUACUGAAGAAUACUUGGCACAAAGAAGUGAAUACAGAAGAACUGGCAUCAGGAAACCUAUCAAAAGGGCUUAGCUUGCUGUAGUACAGAUAUGUUGUUAAAGGUUAAAAUAUUGUUAUUAGAAUUGUAUAAAUAUAAAUAAAAAUCAAUUUAGUCAUCUUCA